GCCCGUCGGGGCCGCGUUGCCCCGCGCUCAGCGCCGUUCCUUUUGCAGCCAUGACGAUGCAGUUCAUCAGCCAUCGCUUUCCCGAGGACCACGAUCCGACCAUCGAGGAUGCUUAUAAGAUCCGGAUACGCAUCGACGAUGAGCCUGCCAACCUGGAUAUCUUGGACACAGCAGGACAGGCAGAGUUCACGGCCAUGAGGGACCAGUACAUGAGGGCUGGAGAGGGAUUUAUCAUCUGCUACUCCAUCACAGAUCGACGCAGCUUCCACGAAGUGCGUGAAUUCAAGCAGCUCAUCUAUCGUGUGCGGCGCACUGACGACACUCCUGUGGUUCUGGUGGGGAACAAAUCCGACCUGACGCAGCUGCGGCAGGUCUCUAAAGAAGAAGGCUCUGCUUUAGCACGAGAAUUCAACUGUCCUUUCUUUGAAACUUCUGCUGCAUACCGUUAUUACAUUGAUGACGUGUUCCACGCUCUGGUGCGAGAAAUCCGCAGGAAAGAAAAAGAAGCAGUGAUGGCAAUGGAAAAAAAAUCCAAACCCAAAAGCAGCGUUUGGAAAAGACUGAAAUCCCCAUUCAGGAGGAAGAAGGAUUCGGUCACUUGAAGAGAAGGAAUUCCUCUGUAAGAGAAAACCUGGGAGCAGCCACUCGUAACCAAAGCGGUUGAAUGACAACAUUUCAGCAGUAGGUUUAAAGACUGAUGGGACUUCUGUGAGGGGGAGCAUCACUUUUACCCAUUAUUUUUCCUUAAAACGGUAUUCUCUUAGUUCUGGAUAUUUAAUUUGAGACACAGUAACAAUUUGACUUCUGUUCGUUGUCAUUUUUAGAUCGGAUUCUCCAAAUACUGCUUGUGUGUUGGUUACAGAUGCUGGUGGGUUUCUGACGAUGCACUUUUAAAGGUUUGGUCACUGCAUACUGGAAGUUGAGUUGUUUUAAGAGGAAAAAAGAUGCUGUAUUUCUACCCAGCUUAACUUAAUUCACUCUGUUUCUCAGUUGUUUGCACAACAAAACGUUGCUGCAUUCCCAGACGGUCACUCCCAUCACCAGAGGAGGAUUUUGUUGAGGUUGUGCUGGAAGGUGCUCAGCAAAGUGUGUGGCACCACAGCCCGGGCUGCGUGCGGAUGGCAGUGAGGGGAGAUGUGUGCUUUGUCCUCAUGGAAAAGGAUUUUUCUAGCAAAAAGUUCACCUGAAUGAGCAGCGAACCCACAGCGUGGUGGUUGGGAUCCUCAACAAGUCAGAAACAGCAAAUUGUUGUUCCUCUGGCAGCUACAACUUGGCAGCAGUGCGUGGAUGUGUAGCACUGCCCUCCAUUUAGCAUUGAUGGCGUUGUUGGAGCGUUUGUAGCUGAUGCUGUGGAUGCUCUGCAAACUGCAGCUUUGGAUUUUUCUGACUUGUUUGUUGAAACUGUAGCUGUGAUGGUGCAGUGGCAUAUUUAUUUACGUUCAGUUUGAUGUGGUUGUCGUAAAGGAGACAGUAUUAUUGAGUAGGAGUCUCUAACGUAGUCAUUUCAGAUUAAUCUAUGAUAACUGCUUUGUAAAGAAGACUGAAAGCGAGGCACUGGGGCCUGAACUGAUAUCCCUACUGCUGGUGAGGUUCUUCAGUGCUGCCUUAAAGGUGGGAUCAGCAGAAGGGAGCAGUGAGUGGGGCACAGCAGCACAGCUGGGCGUUCCCACCCAACCAUCAGCACAUCCUUCCUCCUCGGGGAUGAUCUGACGAGUAACUGCUUACAGGAUUUAAAUCCAGAGCUGUCGUUGCAAUACAAAAAGCUCGUGGAGAGAUGGAUGUCCAGGGUUGUUUUUCAAAUGAUACAGAAAAUCGUAGGUGACUCGGAUGGGUUUAAAAGGCCUUUCUCAGAGAACGAAGUGCCUCUCUGUGUAGUGAUGAGAGAGCUUAGCAGACUCUAAGUGCAGUAUUACUCAAAUGCUUCUCUUAAUCUUCGAACCUCUGUGUCAGUAGCUGUUAAUCUCACUGACCCAAAGGCCUUGUGGUGCCUCUCAGUGUGCUGCCAUCAGAACUGAAACAGGGGUUGUUGGAUGUGUAAAAAAAAAAAAAAAUCCAGCACAAAAAA